AUGACAGAGAAAAAAUCAAACAACUCAGAAAAAAUAUUGGAACUCUUAAAAAAAGAUAUAGAAAAAAAGCGAACACCUACAUUGAGAAGAAGUCCAAAAAAACAACAUUUGGAGAUCAAGUCAUUUAUCACCUCAGAUUGCCACGGAACAAAGUUGGAUAUUAUUGGAGACACUCCAAUCUUGAAAUAUGAAUGGUAUACUCACACUUAUUUUGACGACUAUAUCAUGCCUUACAAUAAGGUUUACAGCCAGGUUUCAGAAGGAGAGGAAAUGAUCUGGGAAGCAACCGAUCUAAAUGAUUGUGGAUUGAAGGUUGAGGUGUUUUACCUAUUAGAUCAAGCUGAUAUGGUUAUAAUCCUAAAAGAAAACCUUGGACUUCAUAUCUUCCAGAAGUACAAAUGCGAAGAGUGUGAGAAAAUGGAAAAAAGGGAGAGAACAUCUAAAUGGAUUAACACGGGGGGAUGCGAAAAGUGUAAACAACAAGAUGAAUGGGUAGAUGUUUCUAAAAAGUACCUGGACCCACUCAAAUUCUCAUUUUACGCAGAAGAUGGUGAUCAUCCCGAUAGAGAACCAAUGGAAUUUGAGGUAUCACUUGGAGGCUACAACUAUGAAAUUAUAUUAGAAAAGCCAUGUAAAUUCUUAACUUACGGGGAUAGGAUACUCUUUGAUCAAAAUGGAGAAACCAAAGGCCUAUCCAUAAACAUAAUUCGCUAUCACCUUGGACGUAAAGAACUAAACCUUAAACUUUCUGAUGGAAGAACCCUAACCCGCAAAUUCGUGCCGGAAAACCCAGAACAGUACCAAACCCAAAUCACAAAGUACUUCAAUGAGGAAUGCUUUAAUAUCAGUGUUUAUUGUCAAAAAUGCACAAGUGACGACUUUAUCUUUUUGGAACCAAUUAUAGAAACCAGAUUUAAGAAAUCAGUAAGAAAAUCUUCAAAAAGAAAAAUAAAUGAAGAAUACUAG